UGGAAUCUGUUCCUCGCCGGCAGACGUAUCAUACGCUCGGCGUUUGCGUAUCAUCAGUGCGUUUGUUUGGAUCCCAGUGCGUAGAUAGAUUUUGGUGCGUCCCACUGGGCUGAUCGCCAGCAUGGACGCUCUUUUGGCAGCGCUCGUUGCCCUCAUGGCAUUAGCCGCCGCGAUGGCCGCCGUGCUGAGUACGCUUUCGAAAGCGGCAAUUUUCGCGAUCCUCGCGAUCGCGCCUUGCGUCUAUCGAUACAGGAAACGAAUUUAUGUGAUCGUGAAAACUUUUCCUCGGGAUGUCAAAUUUCUAUGGCGAUAUGCAAACGCGAUGGUCCGCUCAAAGCGGUGGGGGCGCAACAAUUGUACGGUGGCGGAGCUUUUCACAAAACGUGCGUUGAAGAAUCCCGAUGCGCCAUGCUUCAUCAUGGUUGGAGACAAAACUUGGACAUUCAGAGAGAUAGCAUUCAACUCAAACAGGGUAGCAAGAGUGAUGCAAGAUCACCUGGGCUUAAAGCGAGGUGAUGUCGUGUGUGUGUUUAUGCCAAAUUGCGCCGAGUACGUAUACACGUGGCUCGGUAUGGCCAAGCUCGGCGCGGUGUCUGCGCUCAUCAAUAGCAAUCUGAGGCACCGGCCUUUGCUGCACUGCAUUCAAGUAGCAAAGGCGAAAGCGAUCAUAUUUUCUGAGCCUUUGGCUAGUGCUAUCGCAGAAUUAGGAAAUCAACUUCCGCCCGAUAUGAAGCUUUUCCAACUGUACGGCGAUUGCGCCCCAGGGGUAAUUGAUCUCUGUGCUGAAAUGUACAAGCACCCACCAGACUACCCUGUCCUGACAGACAAACCACAAUACCGGGAUACGCUUCUCUACAUUUACACAUCAGGAACUACUGGCAUGCCUAAAGCUGCUGUUUUACCGAAUUCUAAGUACCUGUUGAUCGUGGUGGCCACAGUGCACAUGCUGGGACUGCGCUCGUCGGACCGCAUGUACAACCCGCUGCCUCUGUACCACACGGCGGGCGGGCUGGUGGGCACAGGCGCGGCGCUAGUCGACGGCAUCCCCUCCGUGCUGCGUUCCAAGUUCUCUGUCACUAACUACUGGACCGAUUGCAUCAAGUAUGACUGCACGGUCGCACAGUACAUCGGCGAGAUGUGUCGCUACCUGGUGUCGGCGCCGCCUCGAGACACAGACGCGCAGCACCGCGUGCGCAUCCUAGUGGGCAACGGCAUGCGCCCCGCCAUCUGGCAGCAGGUAGUCGACAGGUUCAAAGUUCCACAGAUAAAUGAGAUUUACGGCGCGACAGAAGGGAACGCUAACAUCAUCAACGUGGACAACACGGUGGGCGCAGUGGGCUUCCUGCCGAAGCUGGUGCCCGCCUGCCUGCACCCCAUCGCGCUCGUGCGCGCCGAUGACGCCGGCGACCUCGUGCGCGGACCCGACGGGCUGUGCAUUCGAUGCCAACCAAACGAGCCCGGGAUGUUCAUCGGCCUAAUCGCGCAGGGCAACGCGUCGCGGGAGUACUACGGCUACGUCGACAAGAGCGACAGCAACAAGAAGCUGGUCCGCGACGUGUUCCGCAAGGGUGAUGCUGCAUUUGUAAGCGGUGAUAUCCUGGUUGCGGAUGAGCUCGGCUACCUGUACUUCCGCGACCGCACCGGCGACACGUACAAGUGGAAGGGCGAAAAUGUCGCCACCGCCGAGGUAGAGGACGCCUUGCGCGCCGCGCUGCAGCAGUGCGACUGCGUCGUCUAUGGCGUCUCGAUCCCGCAGACGGAGGGCCGCGCGGGCAUGGCGGCGGUGUCGCUGAGCGCGGCGGCGGGGCCGGGCGCGGCGCCGGCCGGCGAGCCGCGGGAGGACGCGCGCCGGCUGGCGAGCGCGCUCGACCACGCGCUGCCGUCCUACGCGCGCCCGCUCUUCCUGCGCUUCGUGUCCGACAUCGAGAUCACCAGUACAUUUAAAUUAAAGAAGUUGAAAUAUCAAAAAGAAGGUUUCGAUCCAGACGUAAUCAAGGAUCCACUAUUCUUCAGAUCAGGUCCGGACUUUGUGCCGCUUACUACGCAGCUAUUCAAUGACAUCUGUAACGGUCGCGUCAAACUAUAGUCUCAUAUAGAUACAAUAAUUAUAUACCUACAAUGAAGUCCAUUCGUUUUAUUAGUAACUUCUUAAAAUACAUCACCGUAUUAUCAGUCACAAGUUGUAAAAAAUAUGGACAGGACAGGACUCGAAUGAUGGCUAAAAUUCUUCAGUGUUUAAGCGAAAAAAAUGUCUAUACACUUAUUACACAUUUUGUGGUUUGCCGUAACUUUAUGAUCUGUCUUUAUCAUAUAAAGGUGACAUUAAUUGAUAGUUCAGCGAAUGGAUCAUAGGUAAGAUUUUUCGCGAAUGGUACAGUUUGGUUCCAUGAAGAAACCAUUUUAAAUUAAAUAUUGGGUGAUUUAAAAAAUGGGUAGUUCAAAAUAUUCACUGACUCCAAGGGAGUAUUCUUGAAAGAGAGAAUUAUUUAAGCUUAUAAAAAAUAAAUAUUUUAUAUUUAUUUGCACUUUUAAUCUUCUUGGUGUACAAGGAAAGGAUUAACAAAUUAUUAGUAAGGUGUUUACGGUGUAUCAACAGUCUAGAUAAUUAGGGUCUGAGACCACAUUUCAAUCGAAAAAUUAAUGACAAAAUAUGCAAAAUUGUCUCUUCGUUAAUGAGAUUAAUAGACCUCUUUUAUAUGUACUUAUAAGCUUUUUAAAAUAUGUGCUGUGAUCUAAAAGCGACUUGUAUUCUGAUUCAUUCUAUACCUAUUGUAAAUUAUUUCUUGACAAUACAAUUGCGAGUCAAUUUAGUACGACAUAUCGUAGUUUUUUUUUGUUACUAACAUUUUAGAAUAAAUAGCAAACAUUUUCUAUUUGAUAGACAAUUCAUCAAAUAUUUCUUUUUAAUAUACCUAACUACUGAUACAUAUUAGAUCUCAAAUUAGUCGGAUUUUUAUUGCUUGUUGAGAUUUAUAUUUGUCUAGCAAAUUGAUAAAAUUGAUUUUUUAUAGGUCAUGAUGUCCAAAGUAUUAUUUAUUCAUAAAAUGACCAAAGCGAUUUUUUUUUUGUAAUGAUUGUUCUCCUCAGAUGUACCCAAUAAAUGCUAUAUAUAGUUUUGUUUAGUAUGAUAAAUAUAUUUUUUUUAAUAUCAGUUAAUCCUUUGAAUAUUAUGAUUCUGGGUUUGUAAGCAAUAUUGAAUCACUAAUUAAUUUUUUUUUUGUUUUGUUUUAGUUCCUUGUGCCGUUUAUAGUAAAUUGUAGAUAACAUUCCGCAGUCUAGUCUAUUAAGUUGUGUUUUAGGGUUCCUAUAUUACAUAUGCAUUCGCUGAUAGGUUUCCUAUUCAUUUUCGAAUACCUACAUUACGUAUAGUGGAGUUUAUAAUAAUAGAUCUAAUUCGUGCCUUGUUACAAGGACCGCAAAGAAAGGGCUGUACUGACUGCUCGAUAAAAUACUGUAAGUUGUAAAUAAAUACCUGGAAAAUA